AGAAAGAUGGAGCAAAAAGAACUCAUCGUCGAUGCAGCUGCCUCUCUACCUCCUGUGCCUUCUGUUCAAGAAUUGGCCAAGGAUUCUAAUGUCAAUGUUUCGAGAUAUGUACGGUCGGACCACGAUCCGUUCAUCGUCACUGAGAUUGCUCCGAUAGCCGACCUACCGAUCAUCGACAUGGAGAGCCUUCUCUCUCAAGAAUCAAGUGAUGCUGAAUUGACCAAACUCGACUUUGCCUGCAAAGAGUGGGGUUUCUUCAUGCUGGUGAACCAUGGAGUGAGCUCAGAAAUGCUGGAGAAGAUUAAGGUAGAGAUUCAAGACUUCUACAACCUCCCAAUGGAAGAGAAGAAGAAGUUUUGGCAAAAACCAGGAGAAGUUGAGGGGCUUGGGCAACCCUUUGUUGUUUCUGAGAACCAAAAGCUUGAUUGGAGUGAUCAGUUCCACAUGAUUACCCAACCACCUCACUUGAGGAAACCUCACCUCUUCCCCAACCUUCCUCUUCCUUUUAGGGAGACAUUGGACAAUUACUCGUUGACAGUCAAGAAUCUAGCAUUGGCGAUCCUAGAACAAAUGGAAAAGGCCCUGAAAGUGAGUACUGGGAUUAAGGAGAUUUUUGUAGAGGGAACUCAACAGAUGAGGUUUAACUACUACCCGCCGUGCCCUCAAUCGGAUAAAGUCAUCGGCCUGAGCCCUCAUUCCGAUAUGGGUAUCACUGUCCUCCUUCAAGUCAAUGAUGUUGAAGGUCUCCAGAUUAAGAAAAAUGGCAAAUGGCUUACCAUUAAGCCCAUCCCAGGUGCCUUCAUCAUCAACCUUGGAGACAUGGUUGAGAUUAUAACCAACGGCAUAUACCCUAGCGUCGAGCAUCGCGCAAUAGUGAACCCGAAGAAAGAAAGGCUCUCAAUUGCUGCAUUCCAUGCCGCGGGACACCACUGCGAGAUCGGUCCGGCGUCUAGCUUGGUCACUCCAGAAUCACCAGCAAUAUUCAAAACGGUGGGAGUUGGAGAGUAUCUCCAGGGUUUUUUCGCUCGUGAGCUUGGUGGAAAGACCUACCUUGAUACCUUGAGAGUGAAGCAAAAUGAAGCCUAA